GCCUCAGCUGCUCAGCAAAAACAUGGAGGAUUUGAUAAAUAUUCGUAUGUAAAUCAUCUGUCACUUUUAACAAUUUGACAUUUUAUUAUUAUUGCCGGUCUUGAUGAAAAAUUAAUUGUUUAUUUAAAUAAAUUAAUACGUAAUUAUGGGCCUGUGUAAAUGUCCGAAAAGAAAAGUCACAAAUCAAUUUUGUUUUGAGCACCGAGUCAACGUUUGCGAACAUUGUAUGGUGACAAAUCAUCCAAAGUGCGUAGUGCAGUCUUAUCUUCAAUGGCUACAAGACAGUGACUGUAAUCCUAUUUGUACUUUAUGUUCAAACGAAUUAAAAAACGGUGAUUGCGUGAGAUUAGUGUGCUAUCAUGUCUAUCACUGGCCUUGUUUGGAUCAGCAUGCCAGGAGUUUGCCUUCAACGACAGCACCCGCUGGUUACGUAUGUCCUACAUGUAAAUAUCCCAUUUUUCCAGCGCCUAAUUUAGUAUCACCGGUUGCUGAUGUACUGAAAGAAAAAUUGGCCAGUGUAAAUUGGGCGAGAGCUGGUCUUGGUUUGCCAUUGUUAUCGAAUGACAGAGAAUCUUUAGCUCAGGAAUCAAAACUCCCGUCAAUAGAAACUACAGUCUUUCAAAAUCAUGUGCCACCAGCAGCACCACCUUCUGUUGCUACGGCACGUACGAGCAGUAACGUUAACUCAAUAAGUACACAUAUAAAUAACGUUCACAGUAUGAAUAAUAACAGCAAUCAUCGGCAACAAGGGCCGCCUUACUCUGUAGUAAACAUGGAGUCAACGAAUCAACUGGAUCGAAAAAUAUUCGCGACACACGAUGAUUCAAAAAACAUGAGUAUUGAUCACGAUGAAAAUAAAUACCAACGCAGACCUGCAUUAGAUCGGCUGCUCCACGUGUGGAAGCUCCUGAAGCAGACCAAGAAAGACGCCCGUCGACGAGGAUCUAAACCAGAGUCUGUGUACACAAGAUAUGCCAUUUUAGCAGCAAUUGGAAUAGUUUCUUUCAUUUUUAUCAUUAUGAUUUUCUCGUGGCUAGGAAAUAUGGCUACUGAUGGUGACCCAGCGUUCGAUGUUAUGUCAAAUCCAAAUCUCAAUUUACAGAAAGAGCCAGCAAUAUAACACAUAUUUAUACCUCAUGACUGAGUUAUUUAAAAUAUUCUGCUUCAUUGUAAUUUUUUAAAAAAAUUUUAUACGAUAAGCUAUCGAUUAUUAAUAUUCUUUAUUCAUAAUAUAUAUACAUAUAUAUUUGUGAUUAAUUAUAUCUAUUAGAAUUAAGGUGUAUAUUUUGUUCCACUAAAAAGCCAGUAAAAGCAAUU